AUGAGCGAAGAAAUCGUGCUCUUCAUUCUGUUGCUGGGUGCGAUGGUCGGCUAUGUUCUCCUAUAUGCAGAUGGCAGCGAUGAAGACCCUGGUGACAAGGUCUGGCUUGAAUCGAUCGGAGUGGAGAACCCGAUCGUCACAUUACAGAACUCCACCGUCGCGAUGCGAGCAGCCAGAGCAGGGGCACCAGUCUUGAAGAGUUUAUGGCGGCUCAACAACCCUUUCGUGUCAGACUCGGUAGACCUACAGCUUUCGUACCGUCAGGCCUUGUACAAGGCACUUGCUAAAGUAGAUGAUAGUGCAUGGGUAGGCAUCGCUCGGGUAGUGGGCAAGGCCAUGCAGCCUCUGUUCACCAGACGCACAAUACCGGGUGGCUGCACCGUCACCGCCGACCUACGACAGAUCAGCCUCACCACCUCUCUUGCCGCCGUUCUUAAAGCUCUCUUCGAGAUCGAAAACAUCGGUGCCGACAAACUCAGCUACCUCGGCUCGGAGAUCCAUCGCAUCACCGUAGAGGGCAAACGGCACGCUCAGGUGACAGCUGCCGCCUCCCAGGACAUUCCCGAGGAUCUGCGGCGCUCGGCAGACGCCUUGAUCCAAGCCCUGUGCCACGUCUUCAUUGACGCUGCAGUGUCAACGGAGCUGGCGGAGACGAUCCUCUACCGCGUCUCAGGCUCCCCGCCCCCGGAAGAGUUCAACCCGCUGAACCUGCUCCUCCCCGCCUUCGAAGCCCCGUGGCGCUCGACCCUGUACACCCUCCUCGCAGUUCUCCAGCCCGGCGCCCGCCAAUCAAACUACGUCCUGGCUCUUAGAGACUGCCGACCGGACCACAACCCGGAGCCUCUUGCGCUAGCGAUCGCAUAUGAAUCCCUCCGCCUCUAUCCGCCCAUCCGCCGCAUCAGCCGGGUGCCCACAUCCGUUGACAUCGAAGCCAUCCAGCGGGACCCUUCCCACUGGGGCCCGACCGCGCAACAAUUCCAUCCGGAGCGAUUCCUUACGCCUGGUGGACGGCGAAUUCGCUCGUCCUUGGUCGGACCACAGCAAUUCGCUUGGAUCCCGUUCGCCGUGGGGAAGAUGAAAUGCCCUUCCGCUCGGGUCUUUUCGAUACGCAUGAUCGUUGUGGUCGUGGGCGAGAUCCUGCGGCAGUUGUUCCCGGGCGAUGCCACUCCCGAGUGGGAAUUGGAGGGCGCUGAGUGGGAUGCGGCUGCUAGGAGGGGGGAGGCGCUACGGGCGGGAAGGGAGGAGUAUGAAGGAGUUAGGAUUGUCUCUGUCUGUAGAUGA